GUUACUCAGUACCGAAUAGAUACGAUUUGCUACAGCUCUAGUGUUAGUGACAUUGACGUUUAUAGGUAUAUAAGAUUUUGUGGAGUACAAAUUUAUUUUAUAUUUAAAGCUGAGAAACAGUUACAAUACGAUUGGUUUAUUAGUACCUCAUUAUGACUUCUAACGAAAAAGAAUAUUUUGGACCAUUGACGCUGCAUCAGAAUAAUGAAAAACCAACUAUUUUCAAGAGCAGUGAGCCGGAAGUAUGUUUUUGUGUUUUAUGUGAAGACAAGUAUAGUUUGCCGACCUCGGAAAAGCAGCUUCUUACGCAUCUGUUUAUGAAACAUCGUCUGGUUAUUUCUGAUGUAAACCAAAUAGCGGAUCUGAGUGCCUAUCUCAAAUAUUGGAGGUUAAGAUUUAAAGAUCAGAGCUUAUCAUUUUACUGUACAACAAUGCUAUUAGACAGUAAACCAGAUGGCACAAAAUCUAAAAAUGAAGAGUACUUUUUACUUAGUGAUGUAUUGCCAGAAGAUAAAGAACUCCGGUCUAAUCUGCAACAAAACAAAUUGGAAAAACUUCUACAAAGACAUCAGUUUGAAAGAGAAGAUAAAAACUAUGAAAGAGAAUGUCUAUUUUGUAGAUUUGUAUCAAUAGGUACAAGAGCUAUGUAUUUAAAACAUUUAUAUGAGAAACAUAAUUUCCAUAUUGCUAAGCCAGAUAACCUUAUAUUCAUAGAUGAUUUAAUUAAUACAAUAGCAACAAAGUUAGAUAAAUUACAAUGUAUUUUUUGUGAGGGUGAUUUUAAAGAUCGUACUAUACUUAAAGAGCAUAUGCGUAAAAAAGGUCACAAGAGAAUAAAUCCAGACAAUAAAGAGUAUGACAAAUUCUUUUUGAUCAACUAUACUGGAGAUAAACUGAAAAACAAUUUAAGGCCAAAUAUUAAUAAGAAUCAAAAUCGAGUAUCACAAAGAGUGCCUGAUUGUGAUCAUGAGUCUAAUGACAGUGACCCAGAAUGGUCAGAUUGGACUGAAGAAAAUGGUCCUCUGAUUACAUGUUUGCUAUGCGAACAUACGGAAAUGGAGUUUGAUAAUGUGUUGAAGCACAUGGAAAACCAACAUGAGUUUUCUUUUGCUACAAUAACAGAAGGAUUAGAUUUUUAUCAUAAAGUCAAAAUAGUCAACUAUAUACGUCGUCAGAUACAUUUAAAGCAAUGUUUCUCAUGUGAAUUGAAAUUUGAUGAUGUGAAAAACUUAGAGAAACAUUUGAGAGAAACUAAACAUUGGAAAAUAAACAAAUCAAAUUGGGAUCAUCCGGAAUAUUACUUUCCUACCUAUGAAGAUGAUUUGUUCUUGUGUUUCAUACAAGAUGAUGAUGAGAGUUGGUGGUCAAGUGACGAACAAGAAAAUGAGUCGAGAAACUCUAUGUCAAACAACAUAUCCACAGAAAUGGCUUUAGCUGUACUUAAGGAUUAAUUUAUAUUUUGUAAGUAUAUCUCAUUGAUAAUCUAAAUUAUUUGAUGCAAUAAAAUUAUAACUGAAAAAUAUAAAAAAAGCUAUAAGUCACUACAUAGUAUAAAACAAACUCAUUUUCUCUGUCCCAAUAUCCCUAUGUAUGCU